AUGACAGAUAAUUUUCUUCAGGGUGUAGUCAAACAACUAGCACAUGAGUUAUUUCAUAACCAUACACAAAUUAGUGAUGAACAAACGAAAGAAAAACUUCGAGAUAUGUUGGAAAGUGAUAAUGAAUGGUUAUGGAGUAUCUUUGAAAUUAGUAGAAUUAAACCAUUUAGUGAAAAUGAUAUGAAAGCACAAAUGAAAAAUUGGAAAAAGGAUUCCAAGAAAGCUUACGAUGAUUUGUAUAACCCUAGUUAUCCAUCUAAUCCAAAUUCUGACACAUUUCUUUCUUUAAUUAUUAAAUAUGUCUUUGUCUCUGAGGAUGAACAAACUGAGGCUAAUGCUAUCUAG